AUGCAUGAAGUAACGGUACCCUUAGCCAAUGGCACAGUAGACACAGCGAAUGGAUCAAAAAGCUUGCAAGCGAAAUAUUCUUGUACUGCAUAUUUGCUUCUGUGCAUCGUAGAGAAAUUACUGGUUGUUGUGGUAACUUAUCUCCCAAAAUCCUUCCAUUCAUUUUUUGGGCCAGCCCUCCACCAGUUCGUAUUGCGGUUCGUAUUGCGUUCACAUCCUGAAAGGAGAAGAGGACGACGUGUUUGCCACAAACCUUGACCCAUAUCCUUCUGAACCAACACAAGGCCAAGACUGGGCACUGCCUAAGGCUAGAGAAAAGUAACGCCUGGACAGUCAAGAGUCUGAUUAGCAGGUCACACCACGUUUGCGUCAUACUUGCCAUGGCCCCCACCUCCUCUCGCUCAAAGAGUAAGUCUUCGUCGCCCAGGAAAAGUAGCAGCGCGUCCUCGCGUUCGAAAAGCUCUAAGUCAAAGCCGCCGUCAAAGAACACGUCGAAGUCGUCUUCUUCAACAAAGACCUCAAAGCCACAUUCCUCGAAUUCUUCUUCACGAGAGAAAGCAAAGCAAGGCAGUGCUUCUCAAUCAAAGUCUAGAAAGACUGAGAGUUCAUCGCGAAAGAAGACUACCAAGGCCUUAUCAGACGGGGACUAUCCGCCGGGAACGUAUUUUGACGACGACAGUCCUUCUCGCCAUCGCCAAAAGCAUCGUCAGCGAGACUACAUACCGCCUCCCCACUUUCCAUCUGCAGGGUCUUCGCGGCCACCCAUGUACGGCAUGCCUCCAGCGUCGGUCGCCGGGAAAGUUGGAGGCCAAGGUUUGAAAUCGGUUUUCAAAGGAAGCAAAAAGGCGCUGCGCUUCUGCGCAGAGACAGGCUUAGAAUUCCUCGAGUUGUAAGAUAUUUUCUCUGAUGUGGUGCUGCCCUGCUCAUCUCCACGUUUCGGUCAACAUCGUUGCCUCAGCACCUGCUCUUGGGCCAGUGCAAAGUUUUAGUUUCCUGAGAGUCGAUAUGUAGUUGUUUGAAAGUUUCAGGGUAUCUGCUAUUAGGAAAGUUGAAAAAUGAAUUCUCGGAUCUUGCCGCUCAUGCAAAGCCAAGAAUGGCUUAUACUGUUGUUUUGCCCCACAGCUUUGGAGUUUAGAGAUGAACUAUUGUAUGGUAUCCAUCCCGUCAAGUGUUUUAAUUGGCGUGCCGAUGAGGGGGGUAGAAUGCGGUGUUGCACGAGACUCCGUCCUCUGCAAAUAGCUAUUUCACAAAAACAUAAAAACGUGCAGUUGUAUUGACAGGAGAUGCUCGUCUGACUACUGUUUGUGCGUAGUACAACAGGACAAGUUCUCACGAAGAUAUGAAUUAAACUUUCAGAUGUA